AUGGACUCCAAUACUACUACUCCCAGUUAUCAAAGAAAAAUAACCAAUGAAGAGCACAAAUUCAACUCUGAAAACUACAUGAACUCGGAUCAGUGGCAGUGUGGAGCUGGGAACACUGAGAAAAUAACGAAGUAUUUUAACUUCUGUUGGGAUAAACUAGCCGAAAUGAACAUGUGCUGUUCAAUCCAUGAUGAUUGCUAUGGAUUAGCAAGAGGAAGAAAAAAAUGUGAUCAGUCGUUUUUCGAUUGCUUGAAAAAAUCUUUGGAAUUUAAAUCCUCUGGAAUGUUGUGCUCGGGGAUAUGGACAAAUACAGCCAAGGCUAGUAUAUGUUUUGCUGGAGUAAUGUUUUAUGGCGAAUCCACCACUUUUUCUUCUUGUGCAUACAACCAUAUGAUCUGUUAUAUGAGACUUCUUCCUGAUCGGAAUCCUCGAAACUAUGAAGAUUGUGUAGAUAAUUUGAUUGUUUGCCUGGAUGAAUCAAGUGAACAUUUGGCUUCAGAGAAUGAAGAGUGUCUCACUCAUGUUGAGAUCACAAUGAAAUCAAUUUCUGAGAAUAGUAAGAUUUCUGGAAUCCCGACUACCAGAGAAGCUGUUGGACCAAAACAUGCAAGUGGUUCUUCUUAUUCCUCUCAAUGA